AUGGAAUUCACUUCCAUAGGAGAGCUUUCCCCAAAUCAACGACCAUGCAAGCUCAAAUGUCGUGUUUCUCGACUGUGGGUUGCUACAAAUAUCAACACAGACAUCGUUUGCCACUUGGAUAUGAUCUUGCUAGAUUCACAGGGAAAUGACAUCUGGGUGCAAAUUCCACCUUUGCUCAUGAAGAUUUUCCAGCCACUUCUGAAAGAUCAGGAAGUUUAUACUUUCAGCAACUUCAAAGUCCAAUCCGCACCACAGGAAUAUCGACCGAUUGCCAAUGACAAUAUCAUCAUAUUUUCUGGGAAAACCUCUGUUCAACAAAUCCCAGACGUCCCUCGCUCCAUACCGACUUUCAAAUUCACAUUCAUGAAUGCAGCUCAAAUCAAAAGGAACCUUAAUAAAAUAGAUAUUCUAUCAGGAGAUUGCUCUUUGUCCUCGACAUCCUCAACCUAUUUGUUCUCGAAUAUCGAUAUCCCUGAAGUCAAUGCCUUUCUAAAUGGGAAUAAUGAAAAUGCUGCACCUGUCUUGCUGGAGGAACCUUCUACUCCUGAAGUUCCCAUAGUUACUCUAGCUGAACUUCAGAACUUGAGCUUAGACAUCUGCCCUACAUGCGUCUAUAAAGCUCCAGAAGAUCAGGAUACCUACCAUUGUACAAAGUGCAACAAAACUACAACUAUCAAGGCUGCAAAAUAUCGUCUGCGACUUGAAGUUGUUAGUGAUGACACAUCGGCCUCUUUUGUCAUGUUUGAAAAUGUUGGCGAAAACUUUUUUGGGCUGCCUGCUAACCAGUUAUUCCUUGAAAAUGGUGGCUUGAAAGAUUCUCCACCGGAGAUUAUACUUAAAAUUCUAGGAAUGACUCUCAAGUUUCAUGUGAAAAUCAAAAUCAGCAUGUAUACAAGGAGCAAACCAGACUUCACUGUUGUCAAAAUUGAUCCAGACUCCAUAGAUGAUCUCCCCGCCACAUUGCAGAAGGCUGCCUCCACCCAGUCAAUUCACAGUGACAUUGAGAAUUCAAGGAGUUCUUCUCAAAUCUCAGACCCCCUGUGUACUGCAGUUAAAGACACUGAUGGCGAGAAAACCCCAUGCACUUCUCUCAAACGAAAGCAACCUAUUGAAUGA